CGGCCUCUCGGACGGCACUCGGCAUCGGCAUCGGCAGAGAGCGCAGCGCAGAGUUUCUAGAGCAUGGACCACGGCGACAGGAGGAGCGGCGCGACGGGCAGGCCCUGGCGCGGCGCCGGCGCCGGCGUCGCGGCGGGGGGCGGCGGCCCGCCACCGCCCAAGGUGUACCGCGUGGAGCCCAGGGACUUCCGGGAGCUCGUGCAGAGGCUCACGGGCGCCGGCACGCCCUCCGCCGCCGCCGGCGCGCCGGGCCCGUCGCCGCACCAGAGGGCGACGACGCUGACGCCGGCCAUGGUCACUGCGGACAGCAGGCGCGCCCAGGCCGCGGCGGCCGUGCCCGUGCCCGGGCCAACCGAGCAGUUCGACUACGCGUCCUGGUUCUCCGCGCCGCUGCUCAGCCCGGCGGCGUACGGCGCGCCGGGCUUCGGUGGCGGACACCAGCAGCACCAGGGGAGCAGUGGGCCUCUGCUUUAGGGCUUGUAGGUACAGUAGAAAACAGAGUCGUCGUCGUCCCUGUAUAGCUGCUCCAUCGCUGGUUCGUGCUCCUCUGGCUCGUUUUGCCUUUGUGGUUUGGUCAUGACUACACAACCUUCUUGUCAUCUUGUGCCACGAAUGAAAUUCGACCAGCAAGUUAUACGGCUAUUGUUUAUUUCUGGUACCUUCUGAUAGAAAGACAAAUAAAUUUGUUUUCAUCCCUUUUCUUUUGUUGUUUCUGUCGUGCUUGUGCAUCCACCAUCCGAUCCAAAUUUCCAAUGGUGACAUAUAAUAUAUGCUCCCCU